UUCCGCGAUCAUCGGCUUAGUCGCACGCGUGUAUUUUGGUUAAUAUUGUUAUUAGCAAAAUAAAUGACAAUGUCUCUUUUUAAUAUGCAGCAAUUCUUCGGCAUAUUAUAUCAACGUUACAUGAUCACGUUACCGGCAAUACAUUUAUCUCGUACGCAAAAGAUUUUUAUUAUCUGCUGUGCUGGUGGCUCAAUAUUAUUGGGAGGAUUAGCGCAAUUUUUGAAGAGACGACGAAGACAUCCUCUUCCACCAUCCAGAAAGUCUUACAGAGACUACAAAACAAGAUUAGCAAGUGCUAAGAACUCCAAUUUUGAUGUAUUAUCACAAGCAUCCUGGGCAAGAAGAAGCGAAGCUAGUACCAGGAGUCACAUUAGUGAUCGUGCAUCACUGAUUUCUUCUGUGCCAGGAGGUCCAGAAGAUGAUGUCAGACUUACUCCACAACAAUAUGGUGUCCUUGGACUCGAGGCGCUGGAAAAGGCUCUCUAUUGCUGGGAAGACGCGCUCACUGCAUUCAGCUCAACCCUCAGCAAUGAUACCCUAGCAUUGCCGACGAAAGCCGAUGCGGCGUUCACACACGACGUGCAGGAGCUGCUCGACAUGGGAUAUCAGAUUCAGAGUCACGCGGAGCUGCUCUUUCUCGAUCAGCACUCUGUUCUGUUCCGGAAUGAGAGCGAGGAAAGUCUUGAUAAACCAUCGAACAUCGGGACGCGGAUAUCUGGCAUGAGGGACAAAGCCGAUGUCGCGUCGUCGCCCGAGUCGUUCGAAUCUGCACGUGAUGGGGUUGCAGAUUUGCGUGAAUUCGAGGAAUUCUCAGAGCUGUUUCCGCACUUCGAGCGACAAAAGCUGUAUCACGCCGCUCUUAAACAGUACGAGGAUAGAGGUAUUCCUUGCAGGAGACUACACACGGAACUUGUAAAAUGCGGAUCGGACGUAGAAUAUUUAGCAAAAGUGUACUGCCUACGCCAAGCCUAUUCAAAAUUAUUCAACACACCUGAUGUAAUGGAAUUUAUAGCGGACAUAGGUCGCCAGAUGAUUAGCGAUUUAAUUAUAUAUGCGGAUAGGGACCCGAAAGAUUAUUUGCAGCAUUACGAACGUAUGUUGCUGUUCUUGCAUGAACCGCGCAAUCAUAGUAUUAUGGAGGAGGAACUGACCGCUCGCGGUGUCAAGUGCAUGAACUUCUACGAUGUUCUUGUUGAUUUUAUACUUUUGGACGCGUUUGAGGAAGUGGAAAAACCACCACCGCCCAUUAGAGCUAUAAUUCAGAAUAGAUGGAUAUCCGCCAGUUUCAGAGAAACUGCGAUAGGAACAGCACUCUGGUCUGUUCUCGCGGGUAAAAAGAGAAUCUGGGAGUGCAAGAAACUCGCACUUUUGGUAACCUCGUACAGUGCUGCUGCUACUGAACAAGUUUUCGGUGCGCACUCAGUGCGGCUCAGUGAAAAACGCUAUUAG